GAGAGAGCGAGAGCGAGGACGGGAGACGCUCCGACGGCCGCCGCCGCCGCGUCCCUCAGCAACGCACCAGCCUCCUUUUCUCCAGUUGUUGGAUCUUUUGCUCCACUCCAUGCUGCAACUCUUCAUCCUUUCAGGCCGACAGCUCAUGCCGCUAGCCUGGACCUAACCUAGAGUAAAUCUUGGCCCAACCCGGGGUUGGGGGGAGCCAUGGGCAGCUCAGCCUCAUCACUGGCCGCCGAGACGGAGUCGGACCAUGGCUUCACUGGCCCAACCUAUCCCGGGCAUCUGGCGGCAAGCUGGUAUAGGAGUAACCACGGUGGCCCUGUUUGGGAAAGUGCCCUUAUAACACGGCAACAUCCGCACGUGAAUCACCGGGCACGAAGCCACACCCACUCUUCUGGUUCUAUGGCCACUGUGCGGGAAUGGUCCUGCACCCGCUGUACUUUCCUGAACCCCGUGGGACAGCGCCAAUGCUCCAUCUGCGAGGCCCCCCGCCAGAAGCCAGACCUCAACCACAUCCUGCGCCUCAGCGUGGAGGAGCAGAAAUGGGCCUGCGCCCGGUGCACCUUCCGGAACUUUGUGGGCAAAGAGGCCUGUGAGGUGUGCGGCUUCACCCCCGAACCCGGGCCGGGAGGCUCCCCCUUGCCGAUUCUCAAUGGCGUCCUGCCGAAGCCCUCCGUCUUGGUAGAGCCCAAGGGGAGUUGCAAGGAGGAGAUGCCCCAAAUGGAGAGCCCCAGUGAGGAUUCUGGGGGGAAGAGCCCCGAAGAGGUGGGGCUGGCAGAGGGCUGGGCCUGCCAGCGCUGCACCCUCCACAACACCCCUGUCGCUAACUCCUGCUCGGCCUGCGGGGGGCCCCGCAAGCUCUCCCUGCCCAAGAUCCCUCCGGAGGCGCUAGUGGUCCCCGAAAUCAUCACUCCUGCCGGCUUCCAGAUCGCUCCUGCCACUGAGACCCCAGAGGGCCACCCCGCCACCAAUCAAGGCACUGCGGUUGCAGAGGAAGAGAGCCAGAAGAUGUCUGCCUUCAGCCUUUUCUCCCCCGGCCUCCAAAACAACCCCGUUCCCCGUAGCCGCCGAGAGGUGCCCCCGCAACUCCAGCCGCCUGCCCCCGACGCUUCCCAGCCCGCCUCUCCGCCCACGUCCGUGCAGAAGGCCAUUCGCUUCCAGGAGAUGAUGGCCGCCAAGCGACUGAGCGUGCUGGAGGAGGAGAUGGACGUGAGCGUGCCACCCUGGCAGUGCGGCGCCUGCUCCCUCCUCAACACCUCAGGGAGCGAGGCCUGUGAGGCCUGCAGCAGCCAGAAGGGCAGCGACACCAUCGAUCUGACCGGGGACUCAGUUCGUUUUACGCCCUGCGGCCCCUCCAGCCCAGACUUCACCACCUGGUCCUGUUCCAAGUGCACGCUGAAGAACCCCACGGCGUCUCAGAAGUGCAAGGCCUGUGGUUCCUCCAAGUUGCAUGGCUUCCAGGAGCACGGCAUGCAGACUGACCCAGCUGCCAAGUGCCCCGAGUGCGGCUCAGACAAGGGCGCAUGCGCAGCCUGCAGCUCCAGAGCUCCCUCCGCCCGCAAAGUUGCCCGCCUUUUCCCCUUGCAGCCCCCUGCCACUCCGGAACGAUCCGGCCAGUGGUCGUGCCCUGCUUGCACGCUCCUCAACGAGCUCAAGGCCAAGCACUGCCUCGCCUGCCACACCCCUCAAGUCUACAUGGCCCAGCGCAAGGGCCUCAAGCCGCUUCGGCGGCGCGAGAGUAUGCACGUGGAGAAGCGACGGCAGACAGAUGAAGGCGAAGCCAAAGCCCUUUGGGAGAAUAUUGUGUCCUUCUGUCAAGAGAACAAGGUCAACUUUGUGGAUGACAGCUUUCCCCCCGGUCCCAAGUCAGUUGGCUUUCCUGAAGGAGACAGCGUCCAGCAGCGAGUGAAGCAGUGGCUGAGGCCUCACGAAAUCAACUGCAACAUCUUCAAAGACCGUUCGGUCAAGUGGUCAGUUUUCCGGACACCCCGACCCUCGGAUAUCCUGCAGGGGCUCCUAGGAAACUGCUGGUUCCUAAGCGCUCUGGCAGUGCUGGCAGAGCGGCCUGAGUUGGUGGAAAGGGUCAUGAUCACGCGGACCAUGUGCCCAGAGGGGGCCUACCAAGUCCGGCUAUGCAAAGAUGGCACCUGGACCACUGUGCUGGUGGAUGACAUGCUGCCCUGUGAUGAGUGUGGCUAUCUACUCUUCUCCCAGGCCCAGAGGAAACAGCUGUGGGUGGCUCUUAUUGAGAAGGCCCUGGCCAAACUCCACGGUUCGUACUUUGCCCUCCAAGCGGGGCGCGCUAUCGAAGGCCUGGCUACACUCACCGGCGCUCCCUGCGAGAGCUUGAUGCUGCAGGUCAGCUCCACUAACCCUCGCGAGGAGGCCAUUGACACUGACCUCAUCUGGGCCAAAAUGCUGAGUUCUAAGGAGGCUGGUUUUCUCAUGGGAGCAUCGUGUGGAGGAGGCAACAUGAAGGUGGAUGAUGCAGCCUACGAAAGUAUGGGUCUUCGCCCACGGCAUGCAUACUCCGUGUUGGAUGUGCGGGAUGUGCAGGGAUGCAGACUGCUGCGACUUCGUAAUCCCUGGGGCCGCUUCUCUUGGAAUGGCAGCUGGUCUGAUGAAUGGUCCCACUGGCCACCCCACUUGCGUCACGAGCUGAUGCCCCACGGGAGCAGUGAGGGGGUCUUCUGGAUGGAAUAUAGUGACUUCAUCAGGUAUUUCGACUCAGUGGACAUCUGCAAGCUUCAUUCAGACUGGCAUGAAGUACGUGUGCAGGCUGUUUUUCCCAACAGGGCCAGUGGGCCCAUAACAGUCACAUCACUGACGGUGCUGGAGCGAGCAACUUUGGAGUUUGCCCUUUUCCAGGAGGGCAGCAGGCGCUCAGAAACAGUGGACAGCCACCUCCUCGACCUUUGCAUCAUGGUGUUCCGGGCCACCUUCAUCAACGGCAGCAAACUAAGCCUGGGGCGCCUGAUGGCCCACAGCAAGCGAGCAGUCAAGAAAUUUGUCAACUGUGACAUCAUGCUGGAGCCGGGCGAGUAUGCCGUGGUGUGCUGCGCCUUCAACCACUGGACUACCCCGGUGCCAGGCACUUCAGGCCCAGGAUCCAGCCCUACUUCUGGCAGUGAAUGCGCAGCCACUGAGGCCUCCAGCUACAUCUUGGCCAUCUACAGUUCCCGCCUCGUGAUGGUAGAACAGAUUGAGGCCCAGUCGACCACGUUGGCCGACGCCAUCAUCCUCCUCACGGAGAACAAGGGCGAACGGCACGAGGGGCGUGAAGGGAUGACCUGUUACUACCUGACACACGGCUGGGCCGGUCUCAUCGUUGUGGUGGAGAAUCGGCACCCCAAGUCCUAUCUCCACGUCCAGUGUGACUGCACAGACAGCUUCAAUGUUGUGUCGACACGGGGCAGCUUGAAAACGCAGGACAGCGUGCCACCGUUGCACAGGCAGGUCCUGGUGAUUUUGUCCCAGCUGGAAGGCAAUGCCGGAUUCUCCAUCACACACCGCCUGGCCCACCGCAAAGCGACGCAGGCGUUCCUGAACGACUGGAUGUCGACAAAGGGGACUCACAACCCCCUGCUCACCCCCGAGGUGGUGGGACUUCACGGGCCCCGGCCACUAUGACAAACGGCCCCACCUGCCCCACCCCUCUUCUUCUGCUUUUGCCUUUUUUCUGGCCCCACCCGUCUCGUGCACUGCCCCAGCCGCCCGUACGGAGCCCGUCAGGAUUAAGGAGGACUGACGAACUGAGCUUUUCAACCAAGCGCCUCUCCUCCUGUUCCCUGGGGUUAGUCCAGGAGCUGCUCAGGUCCCCCCCACCGAAAGUCCAUCUCCCCUUUUCCCCUUCCCCACAGAUGAUGCACUUUAUCCAAAGCUGCUGUCAGGAUAGAAGAACAAGGAAAUUUUAGAGCCUGGGGAAGGAUCCACUCCCCGGUUCCGGCAUAUUAACGGCCUGAGCGCUGCCAGCUGCUUGGCCCAGGGACACGGCCCUUCCCACAGCCACCAGAAAUCCUGCGGCUGCAACAAUAUACCUCUGGCAAAUGUG